UUAAUUUUGUGUUUGAUAUGUUUGUUGUCCUAUUCCUGGUAUUUCUGUUAUUGUGAUUAUUGUGACCUGAAUUAAUUGCUUAUUUUUAGCUCGGCAGUCAAUGACAAGUUCAUAAAGAAUUUGUGCAAGAUGUCUUUAGUGGCUUACGAUUACAGCAGUGAUGAUGGAUCCGAGUCUGAAGAAGUUGAGCAGCCCAAAACAACGGAUAUAGAAUUGAAUAAAGGUACUGCUCGGGACGACCCUUAUCUAAACACUGAUAUAGACCUAGAGAAUGAGGAAAUUAAACGCCUUCCUCUGCCUGUUCCAAAAACUGCCUAUAACAAAUUGAAUAUCAAAGAGGAAGACGAUGAAUUUCUGCAGAAGAAAGCUAUCCCCGAGGCAAAACCUGCGCCAGCAACUCCCUUCGAUUCAAUUCGCGCCAACAAACAGAAUGGUAAAGUCCAAAUAGCGAUACCAUCGUUACGUGAUUUUAUAGAUGAGGAUAAAAGUAAAGGAAAACCUAAACUCGUUGGUGCGCAGGCACCAAAGAAAUCUACAGGUCUCCUCAAUAUGCUACCCAAACCGAAGUUUGCAACUUUUUCGUCUGUGGAUGUUACGUCCGUUUCUCUCAGCAAGCCCGUCGUAAAUCGUCUUGUUCCAGAUUCAGUAGCAAAUCGAACUCGCCGUGUUGCCGGAAAUGAUGCCGACGCAGAGGUAAAAAUGAAACAUCCACCAAAAUCUACUAGUAGUAAUGUAGGUGAAGACAGUGAUGACGAAGAAAACACAGAUUUCUUCUCAUUUAACAGUGACGAAAAACUUCCGGAGAUAAGUGCAAAUGAAAUUACUUUAAUGGUGGCGAAAAAGGCCGCUAAAAUGGCUGAAGCAGUGAAGAAGUUUGAUGAUCCGACUCCGCAAGAGCAUGACACAGGUCGAAUUGAUAUUCAGCAAGAAACGGUAUCCGUCGAAUAUGAAAGUAAUCAGCUAGGUAAUAAACAUGCUCUUGCGACAUUGAUUGGUGGCAAUAAAGCGAAACGAGCUCGGGCUGACAACGUUAGUAUUAUUGAUAUAAAUUCCGCCGACAUAGUACCCUCGAAAGACGACUUUUUGCGUCGCAAACUGCAGGAAGAAACUGGCUAUGUCCCAACCGGACAUCUAACAGGAGAUUGGACUUGUACGAGUAAGCGUAAGUCACACAUUACCUAUCUAGCUACGAAAGCGCAAGCUAAUGCACAGGAACUAGAAGCGAUGUGGUCCUCUAACCGCCAAAGUCGACGGCAAACCCAAAGCAAAUACGGGUUUUAAUCAGUUGUGCAUACUGAAUUGCUUAA